AGUGAAGGUGGUGAUACAGAAUCUGUAUGUUGUAUUUGGCAGGAGGAUGGUUCACAAAACUUCAUAACUCAUAUACCUCCAGGCCAGUCUGAUGAUCGUGAUUAUUAUUGUUACCAUUGUCCUUUCUUCGAUUCUCUAAAACAAUAUGGUGUGGAUAUAAGAAACGGUAUUGCUACUUAUCACACGGUAGACUAUACUACAACAUACUGGGUUGAUUUUGGUGUUGAACCGGGUGAUACCGGAGAUUACACAGCUACCAAUAGAGGUGGUUAUAACAGUGACGCCUGUUUCAGUUUAAAGGGCUGGCUAGGCAGUAGUAUAUCGAUUGAUGAAUUAUCUUUAGAAGAUU